AUGCCAGUGAAGGAGAAAGAUGAAGUCCUUUUGGAAGAUAUCAAGCAGGAUCUUCAAAGUAUAAGGACAGCAGUUAUAGAAUCCGGGGAUAUCUCCAAGCUUGAUGAAUAUAACCUUGAAGGCCUCUUUGGGAUAUAUAAGAAUCCAGAGCAGCAGGUAGUGUUUAUGAGGACCAUAUAUAAGCAGAUAACACGAGAGAUUCUGAAGUUCCUCUCUUCCAAAUGUAUUUCUGAGGCAAUGGUCAGCAUAUGUAUUCUUUACGAGAUGUUUAAAAGUCAACGGGGAUACAUUGAUGUGGAGAUGAGUCUGGAGGAUGUGGAGUGUAUCAAUCAAUAUGUUUAUAGCUUAGGGAAGAAAGAAAACACCGACAUUAUUUGGGAAGGAGUACGUGCAUGGGGAUGUCUGAAAAGAAAGAAAGCCAUUCGAAUAUGCAUGAUGCCGUUUCCAGAUGAUGAACAGAGUUUAAUGGUUAUUGAAAAAGAGUUGGAGGUUAUAUCGAAGACUCUUGACAACUGGGAUGAGCCUAGAAACGAGAGCUGUAUAGAUUAA